AUGGCCGAUCUAAGAUUGUUUGAUGAAGUCAGUCCAGUGAUAGAAGAUAUCUGUGGAGUUCCAAGGACGUGGGGAAUUAAAGGUCUCCUCAGUAAAGAGGAAUGCCAGCUCUUUUUACAAAAUGUUGUACAUGAUGAAGAACUAGAUACAUCUGCUUACAAAAGGGCAGAUGAAGUAGAAAUUUUCCCAAAACGAAUAUCUUAUCGAUAUAAAGCGGAUCUUGAUAAUCUGUCGUUGCAAUUUUUCGACAGAAUCAAGACACUUCUUCCAAACCCACUUGUUUUCAAUCAAGAAGACUCUGAAUUAGGGUCAUUUUUAGAGGGGUCUUGAAAGUUGUGGGGAGUUAAUGAAAGGAUUAGCUUUUUGAAAUACUUGCCAGGUGGGCAGUUUACAAAACAUAAAGACGGAAUAUAUUUUAAGAAUGAGGACCUUAUCCUUUUUUUUGGGCUCACUUAAGUUAACCAUUGAUAUUUUUUGAAAUUUGUUUUUUUUUAAUAUUAUGCAAAAGUAAACAGGCCAUAUUAAUAAUAUUAUAUUGUAAUUAUAUAUUUAAAUGUAAAAAAAUUCAAAGGAGUUAGAAGCAUGAUAACUAUUUUGAUCUAUCUUAACGAUGAUUAUGAAGGAGGCAGGACAGUGCUAUACAAUGAUGAAGAAACUGUUAGGGUCGCCUUCGAGCCAAAAGCAGGAGAUGCUUGUGCAAUGAUGCAAAACGUUAUACACGAAGGAGGAGUAGUCGAGUCAGGAGAAAAACAUGCCAUUAGGCUUGACAUUAUUUAUGAAAGAGAUGCCCCAUACGAUCCUCAAAAAUUUGAUAAUAAUCAACUAGCAAUGCAGUAUUUAAAGAUCGCACAAGAUUUAGAAAGAGCCCACCAAGCAACUGAGUCAGUAAAGUAUUAUCAAAGAGCGUUUAGAUUAAACCCACAUUUGGAGUGGAUGCUUUAA